CCACCUAAGAAUUCUCAUGUUGCUCAGAAUGACAAUGCAGAGUUUUUGUGCUGAAAUACAAAAUCAAUUCAUAUUUUACAAAGUGGUGGUUAGACCAGCUAUGUUAUAUGGGGCGGAGUGUUGGCCAGUUAAGGUCUCACACGUGCAAAAGAUGAAAGUUGCCGAGAUGAGAAUGUUGAGAUGGAUGUGUGGGCAUACCGGGAGCGACAGGAUUAGAAAUGAGGCUAUUCGAGACAAGGUAGGAGUGGUCCCGGUGGAAGACAAGAUGCGUGAAACGCGACUGAGAUGGUUUGGGCAUUUGAAGAGGAGAGUCCCAGAGGCACCAGUGCGGAGAUGUGAGAGGUUGGCCAUGGAUGGUUUCAGAAGAGGUAGGGGUAGGCCGAAGAAAUAUUGGGGAGAGGUGAUCAGACAGGACAUGACACAUUUACGACUUACCGAGGACAUGACCUUAGAUAGGAGGGUGUGGAGGACACAUAUCAGGGUAGAAGGCUAGUACAUAGUGGCAUUAUCCCCCUUAUCCGUAGGCGUAUUAACACACUAUGAUUUAUUGUACUCUGAUUUAUGUUAUUUAUGUUAUGUAUGUUAUGUUAUCUUAUGUUAUUUAUGGUAUUUAUGCUAUUAUUUGACGAUAUCUAUUGUUUUUUUUUGUGCUUUGACUAUACUAUUGUUUGGAACUCUUUCGUUAUCUACUUUCCUACCAUUAAUAUUCUUGUCUGAUCUUUUUUCCUAUGCUUCUAUUCAGCCGUCCUACAUUGGUAGGAGUCAGGUCUGCGUACACUUUACCCUCUCCAGACCCCACGAUGUGGGAUUUCACUGGAUUGUUGUUGUUGUUGUUGUUGUUGUUAUUCAUAUUUUUCGUAGUGAUAAUGUCUUACAACACUUAUCCUCCUAGUUUCAGCAUCUUAUGACUCACCAAGGAAUUAGUUAUCAAACAUCUGGUAUGUACACCCAUCAACAGAAAGGAUAGCAGAGACGAAGAAUAGGCACCUCAUUGAGACUACACACACUCUUCUCAUUCAAUCCCAUGCCCUGCUGCGUUUUUGGGGCAAUGCAGUCCUCACGUCUUGCUAUUUAAUUAAUUGAAAGCCCUCAUUUUCCAUUCGGAAUCAGAUUCCUUGUUCCAUAUUGUUUCCUCAUUCACCUUUAUACUAUACCCCCCUCAUGUCUUUGCAAGUACAUGUUUUGUUCAUAACUUAGCCCCGGAGAAAGAUAAAUUAGCCUCUCGUGCUCUCAAAUGUGUCUUGGUUAUUCUCGGGUUCAAAAAGGGCAUUGUUGCUACUCACCUGAUCUUCGUUGAUAUUUUGUCAGUCAAUGCCACAUUUUUUGAGUAUCAACCUAACUUUACAUGUUUCGAUCAUCGUGAUAUAGGUCUUGUAACGACUUCUGA